AUGGAGGUAAACAACAGUGGUAAUCUCAACUCUACGUUGAAUUUGACGCUCACGUGGAAAGAGGAUGGUCACCGCGGGGAGGCAGACUACUUUAGCCCCUUUCUCAUACUGUAUCUUGUCGUGCAAAUCGGCAUGAUGGUUGUCGGCAACUUCGGCAAUUUUCUGGUUAUUUCCGCCGUGUUACUUCGGGGCAACCUGUUCACCGCCGGCAAUGUGUUCAUUAUCAACCUGGCCGUCGCCGACAUGACAGUCACUUUAGUCGUCAAUACUUUCAACGUCAUCGGCAUCAUCCGCACGCAGCGUUUCUUUUUGGAAAACGUCCCCCUGUGUGACAUCGUCGGGGCGAUAUGCAUGGUCAGCUGCACCUGCUCGCUCUGGAGUAUCAUGGGGAUUAGCGUCAACCGUUUCAUUUAUAUCUGCUAUAACGAUCUAUAUAAGCAUCUCUAUAAUAAACAGAAUACUUUGAUAAUGGUGGCGUGUUUGUGGAUUGCUUGUGUACUAAUGGACCUACCGAAUUUCUUGGGAUGGGGUGGCCAUGCCUAUGACUCCAAAAGCAUGGUGUGUACCUACGACCGAACAGCAGACUACGGUUAUACUAUUUUCUUCAUCUUGAUGGCGAUUUGCUUUCCUAUCGUCGUGGUGGCACUGUCCUAUACAAGCGUCUAUAUAUUCGUUCGACGUCAGAAAAAACGAGUCAUGGAGAGAAUGGCGUCGAGCGCCGCUGACUCCACGAAAAAAUUUAAGAAAACAGACAUGCAACUCAUAAAGACACUGUUCACCAUCUUUGUCGUGUUUCUCGUCUGUUGGGGGCCAUAUGCCAUAAUCGUUCUCGUCGACUACAAAGACCGCCUCCCUGCUAUAGUACAUUCUUGUGUCAUUAUUCUGGCCCAUGGCAAUAGCAGCUUAAACAGCGUCCUCUACGGUAUACUUAAUAAACAGUUCCGGAAAUCGUACAAAAAGGUGCUGAAGCGAAUGUGUUGUUGGGUGAACGCCCAAAAUGACAUUGGGAUUGACGACUCGCAGACUGCAAAUGAUACUGUCAGCUGGGCCAAUAAUACCAAUGUAUUUAUUGUUCAAGUGAAAAACACCGGCUUCUCCAACUGA